CCCUCCCCCAAGGUGUCGGACACGGUGGUCGAACCCUACAACGCCACGCUGUCGGUGCACCAGCUGGUGGAGAACACGGACGAGACCUACUGCAUUGACAACGAGGCGCUCUACGACAUCUGCUUCCGCACCCUCAAGCUCACCACACCCACCUAUGGCGACCUCAACCACCUGGUGUCGGCCACCAUGAGCGGGGUCACGACCUCCCUGCGCUUCCCCGGCCAACUCAACGCCGACCUGCGCAAGCUGGCCGUGAACAUGGUGCCCUUUCCACGCCUGCACUUCUUCAUGCCCGGCUUCGCGCCC